UAAUGUUGCAAAACAUUAACGCCAGUGAGAACGCACCCAUACAUACAGCUCGAAUGAAAAAAUAAAAACUCAUUCAUUGACUGUGGACGAACGGGAGCUUCAAUGACAGGUGGCGAAUUGACAGCGUAUUCGGCCUCGGGAGAAAUUUCGAACGUUAUUUUUACCAACAAUACUGCGUAAAUUAGAGAUAAAACAUGCAACAAUUAACAGUAUUCAUGGAUAUUGAAAGUUCACGUUCGUAUAUCGACGAGCUGUACUCAUCAGAUACGCCAAAGGUUGUAGAAGCCUUAGUGACGCUAAAGAAUUCAGUAAUAGGCAGCAACCGACAGAAGAGUUCAGUGAUACAGCAAGGAGUAGUGCCGCGUCUUCUUCAGUUAAUGUCUGAUGAAACAUUGGACCCUAACAUAAGACUUGAAGCUACUAUCACAAUUGGUUCCCUCGCCAAAGGUACAGAAGAAAAUGUAAGAUCUUUAGUAGAACAAGGCACAGCGACAGCACUAGUGGACCUCUUAAGGAAUGCCCCUGUUGGUACAAAGUUGGCAGAAGCUGGACUGUGUGCCCUAAGGAGUGUGUUCCUGCAUCCACCGGCACCAAUAUCGGCUUUACCUGCAGAUAUGAGGCUAUUGAGCAGACUUACGCAAAUAGCACGGGAGGGAUCACCAACGGCUAGAGCGUGUGUGGUGAGGAUCCUCUCGAUCUGGUGCACGGGCGCAGGAGAGCAGGAGGCGCUGUGUGCUGCGGGGGCUUGUGAAGCUGCUGCAGCAUUGCUCGCCGCCACUCCACCUGCCGCGCCAGCUCUUCCAGCUCUCGACCUUCUAGCUGCUAUGUGCUUUGAAAAUACUAGUGUGUCGCAGAUUGCUUUGAAUACUAGGCACGGGGACAAGACGAUACCAGAGCUGCUGUCUACGUUGGUGUGUCGCGACAAGCCGCUGCCGGUGGCGAUGGGGGCGGCGCGGUGUCUUACAUUCAUGCAUCGCGCUAAUGCCAUACCUGCUGACGACACUCGAGUGGUGUUUGGUGCUCUCCCUUGCCUCGCCCGACUGUGUACGAAGGACAUGCCGGAGGACAUCAGGGCGUCGGCCGCCGAGACCUUAGCUUACUUAGCAGAGGUAGACACAUCCCUUCAACGGUUGGCGGCUAUAUCCAACCACCUGAUGACGUCACUAGCAGAGAUAGUCAACUGUCCGUCUCCGGCCGCCAAGCAAGGUGCCUUCAAAUGCUUCGCGUCGCUCGGUGCCAAUGAUGAAGACAUUAGGAAGAGGAUCAUUGAAACUCACGGUCUGAUGGUCCAUGUUGUCAAUGGAAUGAACAAUCCUGAGGCUUCGGUACGAUUAGCAGCAGUAAGGUGCUUACACUCACUUUCAAGAUCUGUGCAACAACUACGAACAACAUUUCAGGAUCAUGCCGUAUGGAAACCUCUAAUGCAACUGUUAGGGGACUCGCCUGGAACUGAACUCCUUACUGUAGGCUCAUCAACUCUUUGCAAUUUACUUCUGGAAUUCUCACCAGCUAAAGAACCAAUGUUGGAUCAAGGUGCAGUAGAAAUGUUGUGUAAUUUGACGAAGAUGCCCGAAGCAGCUCUGCGACUGAAUGGAAUAUGGGCGCUUAUGAAUAUGGCUUUUCAGGCCGAACAAAAAGUAAAACAACGCAUCCUAAGUUGCCUGGGCACGGAGCAGAUGUUCCGUCUGCUGGGCGACAGCGACACGCGCGUCAUCAUGAAGACGCUCGGACUACUGCGGAACUUGCUCUCUACCAGGCAUCACAUCGACGCCAUCAUGAGCGAGUACUCCUCGCAAGUCAUGCAGGCUGUGAUAGUAGUGCUAGAAGGAUCCUACCCUGCCGAGGUGAAGGAGCAAGCGCUUUGCAUCCUUGGCAACAUCGGAGACGGAGAGAAAGCCAAGGAUCUCAUCAUGGCCAACGAGGAUGUACUUAGAAAACUGGUGGAUUAUUUGGUCCAGGCCUCGAAACUGUCGUGGGGACAAUCCUCCACCGAGUACGUGACGAGAGCGAUUCAGUGGGCCGUGCAAGUGACGACGGAAGUGAGGUGUGUGAGCCGGAGUAGUGAGUGGUGGCGGUCGCAGGCGCACCCGGAGAGCAAGCUGCAGGAGGCGGCGCUGUUCGUGGCGGGCAACCUGGUGUGGCGCGGCGAGGCGGGCGCGGCCGCUCGCCAGGCGCGCCUCGCCGACCUCGGCGUGCUGCGCGCGCUCAAACUGCUGCGCGCAAGGCACGACGCCGCUCAUCUGCACGACAAAGUGAAGACGGCCCUGGCGCAGUUUAAUGACUUCACAUAAUGCCGCAAGGGCCACAGACACAAACGCAUGAGGCGAUAGUGUCUGUUAGUUGUAUAGUAACGCUUGUGAUUCAGUCGACACCGACUACCGACAGUGAGUUAUCCAGUCAUAAACCUUAUGAUAUUACGACACUACGUCUAGCUUUAAGUAUUUAAUUGUACAUAAAAUAAGUUCACAAAUUGUUAACUCGACGACGCGACGUGUGUUAUUCAACUAUUUAUUGAAUUAAUUUAUCCUGUAGUCGUCAUUGUACAUCGUCACUAACCUCGUAACUUUUCAUACCAUUUUAAUGUAACAUUUUGACGAGUAUCUCCCAAAGAUAUCGAUACGCGUUUCCAACGACAGAGGUGCUAGAAUCCCUCGCAGAAUGGAUAUUUUUGUGAAACUAGCGGAAUGUAGUGAAACUACAAUAGCGUAAUUUAGUUAGUUGUUGAUAUUACGACCGUUUUUUAUGCGUGUGUUUUACGAAAUCAACUUAAUUGGAAUACAUUGUCCGACAGUGGAUGUAUUAAUAUUGAAAUUAUUGCUUGAAUGAAUCAGUAUUGUACCUAUGUGUACGACGUUUUGGUACUGUUUUAAUACUCAUAUUAUGUAAUAAUAUCUUUUUUGCUUUACAUCAAAUUCAUAAUCAUUGUUUUUCUUAUAUAUGUAUGACUAAAUGUGUGGUAGAACCGAAUCAAAUAUCGGUGUAAUAAAUUGACGUAAAAUAUUUUGGGAAUAAAUCUCUUGUGAUGAUUAAAUGCGUCUUUAAAAUGUCGUUAUGACCGCGUGUGUGAAAUCCUAGGUAGAAUAAGGCUCGGUAUGAAGGGUAAUUAAAAUAUGGAAAGGCUGUGUCGGUCAAUGUGCUUAUUAAACAAGUAACACCAUAUCCACGGUCGGACGAAAAAACGUAAAUUGGGAACGAUAAAAUGGCGAACUCAUUUCCUUGUACCUAAGAUAAUGUAUGUGUAAAUAAUUGUUCAGAGACAAAAGGAAUGAGUUUUGCCAAGUUGAGUCGAGUCUCUUAGACGAUGGUAAACAGGUAGCUUUUGAUAACGCAUUGAAUGUAUGUAUGACUGUAUGUAUGUAAUGUAGAUAAUCAAUAAUAAAUAUUGCUUAGCACUUGACGGCGUAUAUUCCUGUCUAUGUCUUGCAUAUAAUUUGUCACGGUUGUGCGAUGGGAAUACAGCUGGGUUAAGCAAUAUCUAUUUAUCCAUCCUUAUAGUUUCUUACCUUCGAAAUAAUAGCUUAUACGCAUAUACUUUAACUACAAAAUAAUAAAUGUAUUCGAUGCCAACGCUGUGUAAAUGUAAUUCUUCCAUUUCUGUGUAUCUAAACUAUAUUUAUAUAAUCAAAUAUUUAUACCGGUUGAGCUUUGAAAGGAGGGUCGAACGGCGUGUCUUUACCUUGUAAUAUUCGUUAUAAGUUUUUGAAACUUCUGUAACUAGUUAUUCAUCUUUUCUAUACUCGUUUGUCGUUUCUUUUGAAGUCCAACUGAUCAGUUAGACUGAUGUGAUUUCUAACUUUGAUGUAUCUGAUGCAAAUUAACUUAUAAAAUCCAAUUUUCGACAUAUUUAUUCUAGUAUUUCUCGAUAUUGAAAGUUCCACGAACGAAUUCGAACACGGGUAGAUUCCAAACAUUGUUUGAAGAGCUAAAAAUAUCGGAGAAUAUCUUGAAUUUUUAUAUGAAUGUUGGCAAAGCUGUUUAUGUGUAGUGAAUAAUGAAUCAAGGUAGCUUUAUAAAAUUGUUUUGCUCAUUUGAUUAUGUUAGAAAAACGCGGUUUAUCGUAGUAAACAUUACUUGGUUUUGGUUCUUUUUGUGUUAAUACGAAUCUGUGGUUUCACACUUGGUUGCUAACCUUUGUAAUUAGUUGUACGUAACUUAUCUGAUAAGAAUCUGUGUCGUUAAAUGUUGUCUUCUGCAGUAAUUCAAGUUUUUAAUACAUAUUCAAAUAGUGUAAGUAAUUCAAGCUCACGAACAUUUUGUCAAGAUCGGUAUCAAUGCAUCGUUGUAAUCAAUGCAAUCAAGUGUGGAAAAUAUUUCAUUUUUGAUGAAUUUUUAGUAAAUUAUAAAAAUUAUGUUCAAAUGACUGAUAGAUUAGGCUAAUUCUUUGACGAAUGUAUGGCUGAAUUGUUCAUUGAAUGAGUCGUAACAUCAAUUUCAUUAUUUCUCUAUUUAUUUGUAAGUUCUCUGUUCUGUUCAGUAACAGAGAUGUUAAUAUUUUCUCUCAUUACUUUGACAUUGUAAAUUCUGAAAUUGUAAAAUUUUAUUAUUUAUGACAAGUUACGUUUUUCAUGUUAAUAUGAAGAUAAUAC